AUGGGUUCUUCGCAACCGCCUGACGGCAAUAUGCCGUUCGGCUAUCAUAUCUCUGAUCAUAUACCAGAUCACGUUCCUGACCAAGACUUCAUGUUUCUUAGACCUCCGACACCUCCUCCGGGAGACCCUUUGUUGAGCCACGACGAUUCUAGACUAUUAAACCUUUUCUUUGAGGAUAUGACAUCAAAUCAGUAUCCUUCCUAUGGUGAAGGACUUAAUUAUAGCGACCAGUGGAUAAGUCAGCUUCCGCCGGCCUUCCUCGGUCAUACCACAUCUUAUGGGCAACAGCCUCAACAGCCGUCAGCCUCGCCAAUAAACGGAAUACCCACGACUGCUUUUCAAGAUGUUUUUACGUUCGGUCAAAGUAUGAUGCCGCCACCGCCGCAACCGCCAUUACAACUUCAACAUCCGCAACAACAUCCACACCACGGUACUCCGACGCCCCAUACGCCGAUCGAACAAAACUCCCACGUAGAUGUGGCCGCAGUUCUGACGUCUCUUCAACAUGGACACCAAAACGGACAUGCACCCGGCGCCAAUGGCGCAAAUCACACCCCCAUGGUGCCCUCCCAGCACCCUGCCGCUCCCGCCGACCGAAUGAGACCGCCGCCUCGAAAUCAUAUCAGUCCCGAUCGAAAUAGCCCUGUUCGGCAUAGACACGUCCCAUCGAACGAAAGCGAUACUCUGUUUGCCGACAUGAUGUUCGGCAACCCCCAAGGGUUAACAAGUCAACGGCCAAUCGAAACACCCGAGUUGCAGUGGGGCUCUGAUUCAAGCUUUGCUCGAGCUCAGGGUUACAUCCCACCCGACCACGAAUCCAGCGAACUCCUUGAACAGAAGCGGUUGGGUGUAUUGAAGGUGUUCUCGAUUAGCGAUAGUACUACUACGACGAGGCCUUCGUCUCCUUCACAAAACGGGGAAUCCUCGUCUCAUUUCCGUCGCGAUAGUAAUAUGAAUGGUCAUGUAAAAGAAGAAUGCGACGCUGAGGCUCCUCCUGCUAAACGUCGCAAGAGCAAGAGCAAGGCGAAGGAAGAGGUCCAGGAGGACGUAGAGGAUUUAACAUACAUACCACCAAAAGCAGUGGCUAGGAAGCGCAAGUCGAAGGCGGAUCUAAAAGCAGCUGCAGAAACCCCUGUAGCUGCCCAAGAAGCUCCUGGAAAACGAAGGAAAUCCACCUUAAAUUCGGCAAAGACGCCACGUGAAAAUUUAACAGAUGCUCAAAAAAGGGAAAACCACAUAAAGAGUGAGCAGAAGAGGAGAGGUGCAAUUAAAGAAGGCUUCGACGAUCUUGGUGAAAUUGUCCCAAACCUCAGAGGAGGUGGUUAUAGUAAGAGUGCUAUGCUUUCAUUAGCAGGGGAAUGGCUCGAUGCUCUAUUGAAGGGCAACGCGGAAUUGGAAAAGUUAUGA